AUGAUGUUUGAACGGAAGCAGUUCAAGACUAGGUUAUGCGCUCUCUACCAGAAAGGUCGCUGUAAUCGCCUCAACUGUUCCUUUGCUCACGGGAAUGCCGAACUUCGACGUUUCUCUUCCUCCUCUUAUAAUGGAAGGAAAGACUAUUUAGGUAAUGACUUGAGGGAUAAACUUGAUAGAAGGCAAUUGUCACCUCCAAGAUAUUCACCAUCUCGUGAUGCAAGAGGUCGACAGACUAUUCGCGAAUACAGUCCACCGAGGUCUCCAGAGAAAAGAAGUGACAAAAGACAUAAGAGAAAACAGGUCAUCAGUGGCCAAAGUGAUAUAUCUGGAAGUUUAAAGGUCUCGGAUAGAAUUAAUGAUCAAGUUAAAGAUGGAAAAAUGCUUUCCUCUGGUUCUAGAAAUACUGUUGAAGAUCAGAAAUGUUUGCAGCUGAAGAAAGUACAUUAUGAUAUCAAAACUCUUGAGAACCGAAAAUUCCAAUUAUCGGUCUACCUAGAUGAGAGUGUUCAAGAAGUGGAUGGCCUUAAUUCUAGAAUUCAGGAGCUUGAGGCUCAGUUAAACAAGGAGAACGAGGGGUAUAAAAGAAUUACUUCCAGAAUAAGGAAGUUUGUUCGAAUGCAUAAUCAUAAUUUGGAGCUGCAAGAUGAACUGAAGAGAUCACAGGUUCGAUUCCAAAGAUUUGGAGAUCACCUUUUGACAGACAUUUCUAGAAUUGGUGCUAGUGAGGAAGAUUUAAAUGUUGAUAUUGUAAGCAAUGGUGAGAAUACUGGUCUUCCUCCAACCACUAAACUUACUUUGGAGCAGAAUGGCAGCUCUCCCGGCAGAAAAUGGCUGCAAGCAAAACCAGAUUCUGUGGAAGAGUUAAAACAAGAUAAGUCAAAAGUCGGGCAUUUGGUUGAAACAGAAAGAAGUGGGAAGCGUUCUCGAUGGAGUUUGUCUGCUAAAACGAAUGACAAGGAUUGUGAAGAGACACUAGGCAAUGGAAUUGAAGUUACUAGGCAUCUAGAUCUUGAAGGAAAAUACAAGAAAGGAAUAUGGAAUUCUUCAAACAACAUUCAUUCAGAAAAGCCAAAGGAAUCCAGGGUUGAAGUGCCGUCAACCAGCAUGGCAGCUCAUGUGUUUGAUGAGGAAGUUGAUAUUGAACAUGACAACGUAACUGAUAUCAUUGAAAAUGCAAAGACAGAAAAUAAGAAUGGAGUGGAGUUCCAGGUGAAGGGCAUAUCUCACACGCUUACCUCAGAUUUGAUUCCCUAG